AUGGCACCAAUCAUGAAAGAGACUAGCUUUAUCUUUGAAGACCAAUCGUCUGCUUUCACGUGCUGUGACACGGUCACUGCAGAAUGUGCCAAAGUACCUCAAGGUGUCAGUAGAGCAAAGAGGGAAAUAAGUGCCCAACAUUCAGACAUUCCAUCCCAUAACGUUGAUAAGGAAAAGGACAAUCUUGAUCAGUAUUUGGCAUCCACUAUGAAAGGGCUUAGCGUCCAAGAGCGCGAAACGGCAUUAGAAGAGCUGAAUGGUAUUGUGGACAAUAAGUUAGAAGCUACCAUGGAAGUCCCGGCUGUUCUAGACCAAAAGCUAAUCGAAAUGGACCAGCACCUUCAGAGAAUCAAGGGUAACAGCAUAUACGAGACUGCCGAAUCCAUGAAUCCACAGUAUGUGCAAAAUCGAAAGUUUCGAAUCAUGUUUUUGCGGGGAAAACGAUAUGAUCCCAAAGAGGCAGCGGAACAAAUGUUGGACUUUUUUGAAUCCAAGCUCAUGCUGUUUGGAAAGGAGAAACUAUGCAAAGACAUCACUCUUGACGACAUGGACGAAGAAGAUCGAUUGUCCAUCCGUAAGGGUGGAGUCCAACUGUUACAACGAGAUGUCGGAGGGCGUAUGAUUUGCUCCAAUAUGAGAGGCGCAGUCAAGCACAAGUCCAUUAUCAAUGAACUACGUACCAAGUAUUACACUUUCAUGUCCAUGGUGGAGUCAGAAGAAACCCAAAAGAAGGGUGCCAUUGCCGUCUUGUACGUGGUCGGUGACUAUUACAAGGACAAGAACGGAGGGUCUGGAUUGGCCAAACUGGGAAACCUUGUCAAGAGUCUACCGAUUCAUUGGGCUGGCUUCCACUUUUGCUGCGGCGAUUUGGUUCAAUUCGUAAUGAUUCGAGCUCUUGUGCUGACCUUCCCAAAACACUUGGCUGCCAAGUUUCGAUGCCACAAGGGUCAUCAUCUUGAAUGUAUGUACGGGAUGCGAACCUAUGGUAUUCCUGCUUCGUGUCUUCCCAUUCCCGAUACUGGUGAAAACAAGCCUCCGUUGAUGUACCAACAUAUGAUUUGGUACCAGAAUCGUGAAAGGAUUGACCGAGAAAAAGAUGGAAAGGUGCAACUUUGCCCAUCGUCCGCACAAAAACAAAAGUCGACAGGACCUGUAUCCACAGCUGCCAUUAUUCCACACGAUGAUGACGAUUUCUCGCUUGAUGAUAAUCCCUCGAUGGAAGCGGACAAUGGUCAUCAACAAAGAGGAGCAGGCUUGCAACUAGAUGCACCAUCACGGGGAGACAAUACAGGAUCGUUGCCACAAGUAGUUCCACCCGGACCUCAAACCCCCAUCCAUGAGAGCAUCAGUCUUGCUGCGACUGCUGCUGCAGCGAAUACUGUGAUUACGCCCCGCCGCUCGGAUGUUUUGUUUGGUCCCAAAUACAAGCAUCAUCCUGGCACUGUAAAUCUCCAAGAACUCGCCGCUCAGCAGUCACCGAUUUUUGAAUCAAUAUCUCAUCGAGCGGACAAGACAGAAUUUGUGGGGUCCUUGGUGCAACAUCUCAAGGCUUCUGGAAUACGCUUCCUCGAAAUGAACAAGGGAACCAAUAGUUGGAUCGAGGUGGAUGACAAGUUUGCAAGGAACAAGGUUGCCAAAAUCUUUCGCAACAAACGAAGAACCACUGGUGUGGGGCCGUCCAGUAUGCCGUCGUUUUUAUAA